UGGACCGCGCACUCAGCCGAGGACGGCCAGACCUACUAUUUCAACGCCGUCACGGGUGAGUCGUCCUGGGAGCUCCCGCCAGGCGCAUCCGUCCCGUCCGGUGGGGCUGCGGACUUCCUUGGAGGCUGGAGCGCCCACACCACAGACGACGGGCAGAUUUACUACUACAAUGCGGAGACGGAUGAGUCCACGUGGGACCCGCCU